UUGUGGUUGGAUUAAUUUAUAAUAAUCUUUGCAGACGGCUAGAAGAGAGAUUGUAUUCAGUCUGUUGAGUUCUAUAGGCCAUGGCUGAAGCAAGCCAUCUGCAAGAAAAAACAGAUGGCUCGAAAAAGAGGAGGGCUGGGAAAAGUAAAGGUCGUAAGGCGAAGAAAAGAGUAAAAUCGUUUCCAGGUACUGGAGAUAGGGUUAGAGUAGACAAGAAAAUGCAAAAACUGUUUCGCAGAAGGGCAAAAGAGUAUAAUUCCGACGACGAGGACGACGAGCAGCCCACCUCGGAAGUGGGAGAAGCAAGUAAUAGAGUUCUUGGUCAAAAAGAGGUUUUGGAGGGGAAUUCCAGUGGAGAUGAAGAAGAGAAUGGUCCAGGUGGUAGUGGAAACGAGGGUUCUGAAGAAGAUGAUGGAAAUAGAAAUCAGCCAGGAAUUACAAAGUUUGUGGAAGGCUGUAGAGCAUUUAAAAUAGCCUUUAUGAAGAUCACUAGGAAGAACAAUUUGCCAGAUAAUCCCCUGGGUCCUGUCCUGUCGGCACAGAAGAAGCUUGUUGUAAAGAAGCUUGCUGAAGAGGAAGCUGAAUGGAAGGCUAAAGGGGAAGCCAAGAAGGAGAAACAGUUGGUGCGAGAGAAGGGGCAUGUGAAACCUGCUAAUUUCUUGGAUUCACAUGAAAAGUUUCUUCUCGGGGUUGCAACAAAAGGAGUUGUUAAGUUAUUCAAUGCUGUCAACAAAGCGCAACAUGCUCAGAAAGGAUUAAAUCCUUCAAGAUUUAAAGAUGCUAAAGCAUUGGGAAAGCGAAGGAAAGAUGCCUUCUUCUCGGAGCUACGCAAGACAGCAUCACACACUACUAGCACUAAGGAUACAGAGGCUGAUGAAGCACCUGCAUGGGCUCCAUUGCGUGAUGAGUAUAUGCUAACGAGUUCAAAAUUAAAAGACUGGGAUAAAAUGCCGGAGACAGCCAUCGCAGAUGACACGCAUGGGUUUCCGCUGGAUAAUUCCUCUGAUGAAGAUUGACCUAUUUAGACCUGAGAAAAAAGUGAUUGGGCAAAGCGGUCAUGCUUUCAGUAGUUUCUCUAUGAAAUUGGUGAAGAUGAAGCUGUGAUGCCUGUUAUUUGAAUGGUCACAUUUCAUUUUCCUCUUGUUUACCAAUUAUCUGAAAUCAGUGCAAAUUCAGAAGUGAUCUUUUC